AUGGAGCUCAGGGCCCCCGAGACCCCCGAGGAUGGGGAUACAGAGGAGGACACAGCCGUGGCCCUCCAGCGGCUCGUGGAGCUGACAGGCAGCAGGGUGACGUCGGUCAGAAGCCUGCGUGUCCAGUACCGUCUCCUCCGAAAGCUGGGUUCCGGUUCCUACGGCCGAGUGCUCCUAGCCCAGCCUCGCCAAGGGGGUCAAACCGUGGCCCUUAAGCUCCUCCGGCGGGACUCGGUCCUGAGAACAACUUUCCUGAGAGAAUUCUGUGUGGGCCGCUGCGUCUCUUCACAUCCAGGCCUGCUGCAGACCCUGGGAAGGCCCCUGCAGACACCCCGACAUUUUGCCUUUGCCCAGGAGUAUGCACCCUGUGGGGAUCUCAGUGGAAUGCUCCAGGAGAAGGGCCUCCCAGAGCUGAUGGUGAAGCGGGUAGUGGCCCAGCUGGCUGGAGCCCUGGACUUCCUCCACGGCCGGGGGCUAGUGCACGCAGAUGUCAAGCCGGACAACGUGCUGGUCUUCGAUCCUGACUGCAACAGAGUAGCCCUAGGUGACUUGGGUUUGACCCGACCCGAGGGCAGCCCGACCCCUGCCCCACCAGUACCUCUGCCCACGGCACCACCUGAACUCUGCCUCCUGCUGCCGCCGAACACCCUGCCCUUGAGGCCAGCUGUGGACUCCUGGGCCCUGGGCGUGCUUCUCUUCUGUGCUGCCACAGCCUGCUUCCCUUGGGAUGUAGCAUUGGCCCCUGAUCCUGAGUUCGAGGCGUUUGCCGGUUGGAUGACCACUAAGCCCCAGCCCCCUCGGCCACCGGCACCCUGGGACCAGUUUGCACCCCCAGCUCUGACCUUGCUCCAGGGACUUCUGGAUCUGGAUCCUGAGACUAGGAGCCCUCCACUGGCUGUCCUGGAUGUUCUAGGGGAUGACUGGGGGCUGCAGGGGAGUGGAGAGGGAUCUGGGAGCUUAGGCGGUGUGUCCUAUGAAGAUGAGGAGGAAGAAGAGGGAGGAUCGAGUUUGGAGGAGUGGACAGAGGAGGAGGAAGAUGAAAUUAAAGACGAUGGGAGGGUGGGGACAGGCAAUAGGGGUUCCUGA